AUGGGGUCUGCUUUGGAGCACAGUGUCGAGUUUGACUUUCAUAUUGAGAAUGCGCUUAGUAUACUCAAUUCGUAUAGAAAUUCUUCAUGUAAGUUUGUGUUGAAGACGGAGCAAGAGACAGCCAUAAAGGAACUAUUAAAAGGAAAUGAUGUUUUGCCGACAGGAUUCGGUAAAAGUAUAAUUUUUAUCGUGUAUUUGUUGGCACAUAGUAGUUUCGUUGAACAGACUAGAGGCUCUUCUCAAAGCAGUGUGCUUGUGGUUUCUCCUCUGAAAAGUAUUAUAUGUGAUCAAGUGUUAGAGGUAUCUUUGUUCAAUUGCUCUGCAAUGGAGCUUUCGAAGGAAACUAUCCAUCAAAUCACAACAUCUCCGCCGCAAUUUAUAUAUUGUAGCGCGGAAAAUUGUAUAAACAAAGAUUUUCUUGAUAUGCUCAAGGAUGAUGGCUCACAAUUACACAAGUCUGUGGAAGCAAUAGUUGUGGAUGAGUCUCAUACAAUUGAGACAUGGACUGGAAAAUGGUAA